GUCCUCUGCAGGUAUCCUCCUCCUCCGGUACCAGACCCCACCUCUCGCAGCUUUUGUAGCGUGGCACUCUCACAUCUACCCUUCACGCCUCACACUCUCGGCCUUAAGCUGUAACCCCCCCCCCCUUUGCUGUUGUACGCUCGAUUCCUCACCCAACGCACUCUUCCUUGUAGAAUUUGAUGCACUACAGCCGCGGAUCUCGGUUUUCGAAGAACAAUUUUCAUCGAGAAGCUCUGCUUGGGACCGGGGAGGGAGUCGUGAAGGAAGGCGUGAUUUGGAGCCAGGGCAGUUGUGAGGGUUAAGAAUUGGAAGCAGGAGAUUGGAGAAUCAGUCUGCGAUGUCGGCCCGCAAGAGGACGUUGUUGAAAGUUAUCAUCCUCGGUGAUAGCGGGGUUGGAAAGACUUCUUUGAUGAAUCAGUAUGUUAAUAAGAAAUUCAGCAAUCAAUAUAAGGCCACUAUUGGGGCAGACUUUCUAACUAAGGAAGUGCAGGUUGAAGACAGACUUGUUACGAUGCAGAUUUGGGAUACAGCUGGGCAAGAGCGGUUUCAGAGUCUUGGAGUCGCCUUUUAUCGUGGUGCAGAUUGUUGUGUUCUUGUCUACGAUGUGAAUGUUAUGAAGUCUUUUGAUAACCUUGACAACUGGAGGGACGAGUUUCUGAUUCAGGCAAGCCCAUCCGAUCAGGAGAACUUCCCCUUUGUAGUACUUGGAAAUAAAGUGGACGUGGAUGGUGGCAAUAGUCGAGUGGUCUCCGAGAAGAAGGCCAAAGCAUGGUGUGCAGCGAAAGGAGGCAUCCCCUACUUUGAGACAUCAGCCAAGGAAGACUUCAACGUGGAUGCUGCAUUCCAGUGUAUUGCCAAGAACGCAUUGAAGAACGAGACGGAGGAGGAAAUUUACCUGCCUGAUACGAUCGACGUGAACGCCAGCAGGCCACAGAAAACUUCCGGAUGCGAGUGUUAAGAGUAGCGGAGUUGCUGCGAUGGGAAAUGCCAGGGUCUGCCAGGCAGAUAGAGGGUUGGUUGAUUUGAAGACAUCCAUGGGGGAGAGAAAUGCCUGCGUGGUGAUUGAACAUGAAUCUAUCACUGUUGGAGGAGAAGGUGUGUCAGACUACUGGAGCGCAAGGUGUGUUUGACGGCAAUGCCACGUCGACGUCGCAGCUCAUUGACAAUAGUUGGGACAUUGUGGAGAUUUGUUGUGGGGCUAUAUCUAUUGGUAUCAUCGUCAAAUGGGACUGUUGAUGGAUGGUCCAAUUCGACUAGUAGCGGGUUAGUGAAGUGGUAUGCAAGGUAUAUUAUCAUUAAAUGGAGCAUGAAUACAAAUGCACGCAGUUUGUGCAUCCAGAUUAGACGAGUGAAUGAAAUAUUUGAUGACGCUCAAGCUUUCACUCUUUGGAAAGCGCUCGAUAUUGGGAGAUUGGGUCAGAGAUUUAUUUUCUUUCCAAUGUACACGUUUCGGGCCAAAUUCUAGUGACGCAGAAAGCAUUGAGCAUAUAUACAAGUAGAAAACGGUAUUAUGCUAUUUUUGUUAUUAUAGCGAACACUUCCAUUUGCUAAAAGUUUGUGUACUACGAGAAUUGCGCACACGUUACAGAAAUAAGCAAUUAAGCACAUGUUACCACUCAAGUGGAUGUUGCAUUAUGGAAUGAAAUGAAUUAGUGGAAA